ACCCGUGUCUCAUUGGCUACAACAACUUCAUUUGACUUGUUCCUCUCUCCUUCUAUAAAUUCACAUACCCACUUGUUAUUGAAUUCGAAUCUCGCCUCGCCUCAUUCGUAAGUAGUUAUUACAAUUGAAUCGGAUCCCUUACCUUCUUCUACAAAUGGGUUCACUAGAUCCCAUUCCUCUUCUUACCCCUUACAAAAUGGGCAACUUCAAUCUAUCCCAUAGGUAUGCAGUUGUUUUGGCACCACUCACCAGACAGAGAUCUUACAACAAUGUUCCUCAACCUCAUGCUAUACUGUAUUACUCUCAGAGAACUUCUAAGGGAGGUCUUCUCAUAGCUGAAGCUACUGGUGUCUCUGACACUGCUCAAGGGUAUCCGAACACGCCAGGCAUAUGGACGAAAGAGCAAGUGGAAGCAUGGAAACCCAUUGUGGAUGCUGUUCAUGCCAAAGGUGGUAUAUUCUUCUGUCAGAUUUGGCAUGUUGGAAGAGUUUCCGAUUCAGUUUAUCAGCCAAAUGGGCAAGCACCAAUAUCGUCUACGGACAAGCCUCUCACACCACAGAUUCGAAGUAAUGGCAUUGAUGUGGCACAAUUCACGCCACCAAGGCGCCUAAGGACGGAUGAAAUUCCUCAUGUUGUCAAUGACUUCAGACUUGCUGCAAGGAAUGCUAUUGAAGCUGGUUUUGAUGGGGUUGAGAUCCAUGGGGCUCAUGGCUACCUACUCGAGCAAUUUAUGAAAGAUAAAGUGAAUGACCGAACAGAUGAAUAUGGUGGUUCCCUUGAGAACCGUUGCAGAUUUCCUUUGGAGGUUGUUGAAGCUGUUGUGAAUGAGAUAGGUGCAGAAAGAGUUGGAAUUCGAUUAUCACCUUUUGCGGAAUACGCAGAAUGUGGAGACUCAAAUCCCAAAGAAUUGGGGCUUUAUAUGGUUAAUGCCCUCAAUAAAUAUGGUAUUCUGUACUGUCACAUGGUUGAACCCAGAAUGAAAACUGUUGGAGAAAAAGUUGAAUGCCCUCACAGUCUGGUGCCAAUGAGAAAGGCCUUCAAUGGCACUUUUAUGGUUGCAGGAGGUUAUGACCGACAAGACGGGAUCAAUGCCAUAGCUGAAAACAGGGCAGAUCUUGUUGCUUAUGGUCGUUGGUUCUUGGCUAAUCCGGAUUUGCCAAAGAGAUUUGCGCUUGAUGCUCCUCUCAACAAGUAUAACCGGGAGACAUUCUACGCUAAUGAUCCAGUUCUUGGUUAUACUGACUACCCAUUUCUUGAAUGAAGAAACAAAUACUGUAGCAUCCAGGGGCAGAACCUCCUUAUUUGAUAAGCUUUUCUUCCCUUGCACAUUUCUAUUUGCAAUUUGGUCUGCUAACACUUUGGAUCCAUUUGACACAUUUUCUAAAUGGUGAAUUGGGCACAUAGUAUGUAAAACUAUUAUUUUGAGUUUGUGUAAUAAUGUUGCUAUUCGCCAACAAGUUGUGUUGGGCAAAAGCUAUGUACCUGAUUUUGCAUUGCCAUAAUGAGCUUUGUGCCAAAAUGAAGGUUAUUUCAGUACCCAAUUUUAUUUUAUUUUGGUUAAGUGUUGCUAAUUAUUAUGUUGAUCCUAACUAGU